AUACGGAAAUAAUUUGUGUUCACUUCCUUUACGUCCUAAAUCUAGAUUGAAAAAAUGGACAGAAGUUAAUAUUGAUGAAAUGAAAACAUUUUUAGGUAUAGUUAUGUGGAUGGGGUUAACUCCGCAACCGAGUUUGGCAUCAUAUUGGAGUAAAAGUUAUUUAUAUCGUUCUGAAAUCCCAAAAUACAUGACCAGAAAUCGCUUUGAAAUUAUUUUAAGAACAUUUCACUGUUCAAACAAUGCAGAAUGCCCUCCAGGUGAUAGACUUUUCAAAAUUCGUAAUUUGGUAGAUUUAUUGGUGAUGAAAUUUAAAAUGUGGAACGUACCUUCUGAAAAUAUGUGUAUUGAUGAAUCUGUAAUUCCUUUCGUUGGACGAUUAUCAUUUCGUCAAUUUAUAAAAAAUAAACAACAUCGAUACGGAAUAAAAGUAUUUAAAUUGUGUAUUAAUGAUGGCUAUACAAUCGGCUUUAAAAUUUAUGCGGGCCAAGAGUCAGUACCUGGUGUAGGUGUUUCCACUAAAAUAGUAAUGGAGUUGGCCGAGGACUAUUUAGAUAAAGGGAGAACAAUGUAUACUGAUAACUGGUACACGUCAGUAACUCUUGCUAAUCAACUUCUUAAUCGGUCAACGAAUUUGGUGGGGACAUUACGUUCAAAUAGAAAAUUUAAUCCAGGAUCGGUUGUAAAAGCAAAAUUAAAAAAAGGAGAAAUUAUGUCAAGUCAAAGUCAAAAUAAUAUAGUUGUUCUUAAAUGGAAAGAUAAGCGGGACGUAUUAAUGCUAUCAACCAAACAUAAAAAUAAUACGGUAGUAGUGAAUAAUAAACGAGGAAAACAAGUUGUAAAACCUCAAAUGGUGAUUGAUUAUAACAAAGCAAAAGGGUAUGUUGAUAUUUGUGAUUUAAGAAGCUCAUAUCAUUCACCACUUCGGAGGUCAUUGAAAUGGUAUCGAAAAGUCAUGUUUGAAAUCUUAUUGAAUACAUGUUUAUUAAAUGCGAUGUCUUUGUAUACUGCUUUCAACCAAGUGAAGAGAAACAUAUUCUUAUCAAUGCGCAACGAGGAAAAUGUUAUAUCUGUUACAAAUAAAUGGCUGAACAAGGUGGAAGACAACAUGCUCAAAAGAUUACACGUAGAGUUCAGACUAAAUGUACCAAGUGUUUAA